GUCCGACCGUGCCUGCCCGCCUGUCGCAGCCCGCAGCCCGCAGCCCGUCGCCGCUGCCGCCGCCAGAUUGUGCCUCAGACUGUCAGAUCAAGCGGCGGGCCGCCGGCGGGGCGGUGAGCAGGACCCGGGCCGGACAUGGCGGCGCUCUACGCCUGCACCAAGUGCCACCAGCGCUUCCCCUUCGAGGCGCUGUCUCAGGGGCAGCAGCUGUGCAAGGAAUGUCGGAUUGCGCACCCUGUUGUAAAGUGCACCUACUGCAGGACUGAGUAUCAGCAGGAGAGUAAAACCAAUACAAUAUGCAAGAAAUGUGCUCAGAAUGUGCAGUUGUAUGGAACGCCCAAACCUUGUCAGUAUUGCAACAUAAUUGCAGCAUUUAUUGGCAAUAAAUGCCAGCGCUGUACAAAUUCGGAGAAGAAGUAUGGACCACCAUAUUCUUGUGAACAGUGCAAGCAACAGUGUGCGUUUGACAGGAAAGAUGAUAGAAAGAAGGUAGAUGGGAAACUGCUGUGUUGGCUGUGCACACUUUCGUAUAAACGAGUUCUUCAGAAGACCAAAGAACAGAGGAAGCACCUGAGCAGCUCUUCCCGUGCUGGCCACCAGGAGAAGGAGCAGUACAGUCGACUGAGUGGUGGCAGCCAUUACAACAGCCAGAAAACACUUUCUACAUCUUCAAUCCAAAAUGAAAUCCCAAAGAAAAAGUCCAAGUUUGAGUCAAUCACAACCAAUGGAGACAGCUUUUCCCCAGACCUGGCUCUGGACUCACCAGGCACUGACCACUUUGUUAUCAUCGCCCAACUAAAGGAAGAAGUGGCCACUCUGAAGAAAAUGCUGCAUCAAAAGGAUCAAAUGAUUUUAGAGAAAGAGAAGAAGAUUACAGAGUUGAAGGCUGAUUUUCAGUACCAGGAAUCUCAGAUGAGAGCCAAAAUGAACCAGAUGGAGAAAACCCACAAAGAAGUUACUGAACAAUUGCAGGCCAAAAACCGAGAACUUCUGAAGCAGGCAGCUGCCUUGUCCAAGAGCAAGAAGUCGGAGAAGUCCGGAGCUAUAACUUCUCCAUGAAAGACCACCAGGAGGCUCUCCAGCAACAGCAGAUGGAGUGCCGGUUUCGGGUUGGAGACCUGGCUGUGCUCUGGGAAUUGCAAGCUUUCUUUAGAAAUCUCUAUUUUAUUACGGUUAUCUUCUUUGUGUGAUUGCAGUGGACUGACUGAAUGGAAACACCUGGUUCGUGUUGUGUUAUGACCGCAUGCUUGAGUGUUUGGGGUUUUAAUCUCUCUUUCUCUCUCUCCCUCUCUUGGUACUACUCUUUGUUUUUUGUGGUGGUCACUGCUCAGUGUUACGUGCAGCAUAAUUUAUCCCCCAUCACUGUAUCUUGCCAUACCUGUGAGCAAACAUUUUGGCAUUAAUUACAUAUCACUGCCACCCUCUGAACGGCUAAAACUGCCACCUUAAGACUUGGUAAAAUGGGAGAGGCUUUCUCUCUCCAAUAAACCUUUUGCUUCAGGGUCUACUCGGGUUUUUUUCCAGGUAUAUUAUGUAUGAACUUUGUACUAUGUAUAGCCAGAGUUUUAUUUAUUUUUUAAAAAAGAAACUUUUUCUCAAUAAAGGAAUAAUGGUAGCCUAGCUAGUUCUUCUUGUAAAAGUGAUGCCUCUUCAAAAAAACAGUCCUACUCUCCAGCUUUUAGUAAGAAUCAGAUCUUUCCUUUCUUGUUACCUUGGAGUCUGAAAAACUGAUUGCUAAGGUGAAAUAAUUCAAUGCGUAAGUAUGGAGUUAAGUGCCUUUUGGAGGGUUUCUUGGAAGAGCAUUUAAGGAGAUACUUACGGGAGGUAGCAAAGAUUUGAACGGUUUGUCUUUUUAAGUAAAGGCAGAAAGAAAGGUUGUCCAGGUUGUACUGGACACUUCCCCACCCCUUUCUUGUUUUAUGUAAUUGAUUUUAAAUUCUCACACUGCCACUUCCUUUUUUACAAAAAAAUACCCUUUACUUAUAUUAUAUUGCUUAUCUUACUGGGUGAUUGUCAGCAUUUUUUUAUACGAGCAGAUUGAAAAUGGGGUAUUAUUUGAACUACAGAGCAUUUCUGCAGUCAGGACAAGCUGCUCAAUAUGGACUCUGAGUCUGAUUGAGAGAAAUGAUACCACUUUACUUUCUCCUCAUGCCUCACCCGCCCCAGCCUUCACACUCCCUGCGUUUAAUGGAAAUGUAUUGAAAACAGGCGCUUCUCAGGAACAGCUUGGCCUCAGCCAGAAUUGUGUGUGCCCUGUCUUCCCUCCCUAGCCUCUGUCAAUAGGCACGUGGAUUUGCUUUUCUAGAAGAAGGGGAUAGAUUUACAUUUCUAGCCAUACACUCAGGUCCUCUGUUUGAUGUUUGUAAAAAAAUAAGCCCAGGUUAGGGAUGUGUAGUAUGCCAUGAAACAUAGCAAAACCAACUCCCUUGGAAUCAUUAACCGGGAGGGUACUAGAGCUAAUCAUGAAGGCAGAUGAAGCUUGUACCUCAGCCUACCAAAAUUGUAGCAGGAAGUUUAACUUGCUAGGCAUUUCCUAGAAGCAAAAUGCUCUAUCGUUUGUGAUAGCAUUCUCACAAGUGGAACCAUGCACAUAAUUGGACAGAGAUCUGGAAAUGGAUGGCUUCCUUUUGAAAAGAGGAACAAUGGACCAUGUUGCUUAUAUAUCACCCUAGUAGGGAAUGUCAUUUUCCCUUCCGAGCAAGGGAAACAGCAGUGCUAAAUCAUUUUGUAACUUUUUGAAUGAGAAACUUUUAGGUAACGAUCAACUGUCAGAUAAUAUUUUUCAGAUAUAUUUGCAUUGAGUCUGGGGAAAAGAUUGUGAAAAAAAUGACAGGGGUUUUUUUUCUUUUGAAAGGCUGAGAAAUUCUGUUAAAUGAAAUAUGACAAUGUAAACAUAUACUUCGUUUUAUACUAAAUCUUUUUUUAAUGUCUUGGCAUUUAAUAUAAAGCAAAUCCACACAUUUUCUAACUUUCCAUAAGUUCCAAAAAGGGAAGGAAGAGACCUCAGUCUUGAAAUUUUGGUUUCUAAAAAUCAUGGCACUGUUUUACUAUGAAACUGAGUGGGUAAUUUUGGUAACACUUUUUGUUUCUUUGUAUGUUUGUAACAAUGAACAUUUUAAAACAGGAAUGUUUUGGUUUGUACAGACUUUGACAAAUGUGUGUUAAUAAAAAUUCAUAUUGACUCAA